AUGGAGAACAAUACAGAGGUGAAUGAGUUCAUUCUGCUAGGACUCACCAGUGUUCCACAACUACAAGUUCCUCUCUUUAUAAUGUUCACCCUCACCUACCUCAUCACUGUGAUAGGGAACCUAGGAAUGAUCAUUUUAAUUCUGCUGGACUCCCGUCUCCACACUCCCAUGUACUUUUUCCUCAGUAACUUGUCUCUGGUGGACUUCUGCUACUCUUCAACAGUUACCCCAAAGGUUUUGUCUGGGUUGCUUUUAAGAGAUAAGAUCAUCUCCUACAAUGCAUGUGCUACUCAGAUGUUCUUUUUUGUACUCUUUGCAACUGUUGAAAGUUACCUCUUGACAUCAAUGGCCUAUGACCGUUAUGCAGCAGUGUGCAAACCUCUACAUUACCCUAGUAUCAUGACAACAAAUGUGUGUGCUUGUCUGGCCAAAUGUUCUUUCAUCUUUGGUCUUCUGACUGCUGCUAUUGACAUUGCAGACACGUUCUGUCUCUCUUUCUGUGUAUCCAAUGUGAUCCAUCACUUUUUCUGUGAUAUUCCAGCAGUCAUGACUCUGACUUGUUCUGAUAAACACAUUAAUGAGUUGAUUCUUUUUCUUAUUUCAAGCUUUAAUAUCUUUUUUGCACUCCUUGUUAUCUUAAUUUCUUACCAGUUCAUAUUUACCACAAUUUUAAAGAUGCACUCAACUGAGGGAUACCAGAAGGCUUUAUUCACCUGUGCAUCACACCUCAUUGCAGUGUCCAUAUUCUAUGGGACCGUCAUCAUCAUGUACCUACAGCCAAGUUCCAGUCACUCCAUGGACACAGACAAAAUUGCAUCUGUGUUUUAUACUAUGAUCAUCCCCAUGCUGAACCCUGUGGUCUACAGCCUGAGGAAUAAGGAGGUCAAGAGUGCAUUCAGGAAAGUUGUUGAGAAGACUAAAUACUCUCUGGGUUUAAUCUUUUAA